AUAGCUGAGGUGGGGUCCCUGCGGAGAUCAGCCCACGCAUUCGCGAUGGCAGAUGUGUGUCCAACACCUCGCCACCUUUUUCCCCUAUCGAACUCUCACAGCAUAUGUGGCGUCUGUGAGUUCGUUUGCUCGCAGCACCCACAACUUCGACUUGUCGUGGUGUGUUCUGCUUUUACGUUUCGUUGAAUUUGGGUAGCGCUGGACUUGAAGCUGUGGGAGGGUCGUAGUGUGUGUGCGAGCUUCGAAUCGCAGUGAUGGCGAAGGUGCAGCUGGUGCUGGAUAGCCAUUGUCGGCUGGGAGAGAGCCCGGUGUCGUACACGUCUGGCGGCAUCCACUUCGUCGACAUCGAAGGCUGCCGAAUUCACUCGUUUGAUACCGUCGCGAACCGGCAUGUGCGUGAUGUUGAGACGGGAGGGAGAUUGGUGGGGCACAUUGUUGCUAGUGCUUCACCGGCCUUGCCCGGCUAUGACUUGAUUGCUUCUCUCGAGACUUCUCUUGUGCCGGUUAACUUCGAAGGCGGGGACUGCAAUAGUAGCCCUAUAGCCACAAUUCCGGAGUUGCAUCUAGACCCUGCAACCAAAAUCAGGUUCAACGACGGGAAAGUGGAUUUUCAGGGCCGUCUGUGGGUAGGAUCUAUGGCCAUGGACGCGUCUAGGAACGUAAAUAAUGCCACCAAGGGGCACUUGUAUUGUCUGCAACGUGCCACUCCGUUGAAGGACACGCCGGAUGCGUCACCGUUGUAUGAGCUCGUGGACAAGCUCGACCAAGUGGGUAUCUCGAACGGGACCGAGUGGUAUGGUGACCACAUGUACUACAUCGAUUCCUUGAAACCGGAGGUAAGCGUCUUCGACUUUGAUGCCAUUGAAGGUUCACUCAGCAACAGGAGAAGCAUUGCGCAAAUUCCCAAAACACGAGGUGUUCCGGACGGGAUGACUCUCGACGCAGACGGCAAAAUCUGGGCGGCAUUGUACGGGGGCGGGGCAAUCGUUCAAAUUGAUCCGGAAACUCAGAUUGAGCUAAUGACAAUACAAAUGCCGGUUCUGUGUCCCACAAGCAUGGCUUUUGGAGGAAAGGAUCUAAGUGAGCUCUAUGUGACGUCGGGAGCGCGAGGUGAGGAGCAGAAGGGCGGCAACUCGGAGCACAGAGGCGGGCUGUUCAAGGUGUGCAUACCGGGCGUGAAGGGGUUGUCAUUCUCUCGAGCUUUCACUGCUUAGAGCUCCGUUUCUUAUCGCAAAAUUUCAUGGUUCUGUGCGAGUCUAGAUACUCGAAGCAGAAGCAGAAGAAGAAACUGUUGUAAUUGUGGUGGGAGGAAGUGCUUGCCUUGCUAAUUCUAAUUUUUAAUAGAACAUGCAGCGCUUGUGUUGUCAUGCAGCUACGACACAGACAUGA